CAAAGGUCUAGAUCCAGUUUUCGGUGAUGUACUUACGUUCUAACUUCCAACACCAGGAGAGCCAAAACUGGAGAGACCACUCAUCCUUACCAUUGAAAAGAUGAUCAAGGUUGAGAGAUUUAUUUUAAACAAGAACUAAAACAUACAAUACAUUUAGCGGCAAUCGUCUUCACCGUUCUCCAUGGCUAUGACUUCAGUGAUCGAGAUCGACGGUGAUAGGCUGGCGAGCGCUUUUCACGAUCAGGAGGGAUCGCGAGGUAAAGCAGAGAUUCAAGGAAUGGCGGGUGUGAGUCAUGGAGGGGUUUGUGCAAUAUGCUUGGACGAGAUAGCUCUUCAAGAUGCUGCUCUUGUAAAAGGUUGCGAGCACGAAUACUGCGUGACUUGCAUCCUAAGAUGGGCCACCUACAGUCAAAAACCCACAUGCCCUCAGUGUAAACUUCCAUUUGAGUUCCUGAACGUCCAUCGUGCACUCGAUGGCAGUAUUCAUGAUUACAUGUACGAGGAGAGUGUGUGCUUACUUCUCAGAGCAACUUGGUUUAAACCUAUGGUUGUGGAGGAGCAAGAUAAUAUAUAUGAUGGUCUUGAAGAAUACUAUCCAUACGAGGAGGAUGAGGACGACGAUGGUGAUCUGGAUGAAGUAUAUUUUAGCAGUUCCUCGAGUCUUCGUAUUGGAAACCGAAGAUGGGGUGAUAAUGGUUAUGUGAGGGCAGGGCGCCAAGAGGCUAGGCCGGUACAUCGAGCGAACCUACAGGAGCCAGUUGCUGGUUCAUCGCGUGACUCCAAUAAGAACAGGCCAAUAGAAGAUAAGAAGACUGGUCGUCGUGCAAAGAGGGCACUCAAGCGUGAAGCUGCUGAUAAGGCGGCUGCAGCAAAACAUCAAAUGCAUUUGGCGAGGUUGGGCCAGACGUGAUUCGCCUUAAUUUGAUCCAUCCUUGUACAGUAUUUUCUUUAUUCAACUUUGUGAAAUAAUGACAUCUUAGCUGGUUGAAAAUGUUGGCCUCAAUUUGGCGCAUUGACUCGCCAAUUGUAUCUUCCAAAGAAUAAUGUUUAAAGCUGUGUCAUAGAGUAUGGUUCCUUAUUAUUGUUUCGAUCAGAUGAACAAAUAAAAAUUUUAAUACACGGGGGCUAUCUUUGCCACCAUUUUCCUUCCU